UGUGUCCAAGGAGAAUGUCAGGGAGCAAGCAGCCACAGGACCUGGCGCUCAUUAAGGAGCUAGAGCGCAUCCUGGAUUCCUGCACACUGGAGCUCACGCCAGUGGAUGAAGUCUGGCCCAACCUGUACAUAGGAAAUGUGGCUGUAGCACAGAAUAGAAAGACAUUACAUAAGCUUGGCAUCACUCAUGUCCUGAAUGCAGCGCACUACAAGCAGGGCAGCAUCGGUGACCAGAGUUUUUACGGGAACACCUGCGUUUACUUUGGCAUCCCAGCUGAGGAUUCAGAGCGCUUUGACCUCAGUCUGUACUUCAAACCUGCGGCUGACUUCAUACAUAAAGCUCUGAAGAGCAAAGACGGAAAAGUGUUGGUGCAUUGCAUCAUGGGCGUGAGUCGAUCGGCCACUUUGGUCCUGGCCUACUUGAUGCUUCGGCAGCGCCUCUCUCUGAGAGAUGCUCUGAGGCGUGUGGUCCAAAAAAGAGCAAUUUACCCCAACCAGAAUUUCCUGUCCCUCCUCCUCAAGCUGGAUGAGCGGCUGACGCUCAAACGGAGGAUGUGUCCUCUUCUCUGACAUCCCUCUUUCUCUCUUUCUCCACCUCCUUUAUACGCUCCUUCAUCACAUUACUCACCUCAAGUCCUGUCUCCACUUCCGUGUGUUAGUCUGAACUCUAAUCUGUAAAUAAUAAUUUGAUUUGUGUAUGAUGUAGUCAGAGGUGUGAGUUGGAUUAUUUCUGGUCUACUUUUUGACUUCUGGGUACAGCAGCAACGUGUUGUGAAAUAUUGUAAAUAUGUCUGAGUUUUGUUUUUCAUAUUCAAAUUGUAUUUAAAUGUCAGUAUUGUCAGGCACAAGCUUUGUAAAUACAGCUUCAUGACCUGUUGUGAAUGUCCAUUAAAGACAUUUUAUGAUAUUUCA